UGAGACCCUAAACCCAAACUCCCACACAUUUAAAUACGCCGGAAACAUUAUUUCCUUUUCUUCCAUCAAAAUUUCAAUCACCAUUUGCGAAAUUCCACCGAUAAUCCAUUUUCCAGCUACCGCCAUCGAUUGCUUCUCCAAGUCGUUGUUCCAGGGAACAGAAAUGGGGCAGUAUAAAAUGUUGGUGAUCACGGAUCAGGUAGCCGUGUCGAUUUCUGCAGUUUCCGAUGCUAUUAAGAAGCUGAGGAAGGAAGAAGUUGUAGUGGUUGAUCCAAUGAUCAUCACUCAAGCUACCUCAGACAGUCUAACGUCGCUGGAGUCUUCAUCUGUAGAUGAUGUUGUUUCUCUCUGUAAAACAUUGGAGUUUCCAAGUGAUCAGUUGCUUGGAAAUAUCUCAAGAGUUUUAAAACCUGGUGGAUCUGUCCUUUUUUACUUGGAUUCUCAAACUGUGGGGGAACAAAUGAAAAACCAUUCUCUUGAUCGCAAGUUGGUUCUGGCUGGAUUCCUGGACAUACAUAGGGAGUCAUUUGGGACGAAGUGUAAGAAGCCUUCGUGGAAGAUUGGAUCUUCUUUUGCCUUAAAAAAAGCUUCCCAAGUUCUACCAAAAGUUCAGAUUAAUGAUGAUGAUGAUUUGAUUGAUGAGGAUAGCCUACUUACUGAAGAGGAUUUGAAAAAACCCCAACUGCCCUCUGGUGAUUGUGAAGUUGGAAUCACAAAGAAAGCUUGCAAAAAUUGCAGUUGUGGAAGAGCUGGAAAUGAGGAGAAAGUGAAGCUUGGACUUACUAUGGACCAGAUUGAUAAUCCUCAGUCUGCAUGUGGAAGUUGUGGUCUUGGAGAUGCUUUUCGGUGCUCUACAUGCCCUUACAAGGGUCUUCCAAAAUUUAAGCUUGGCGAGAAGAUUGCAUUGUCUGGAAACUUCUUAGCUUCCGACAUAUAACCAUCAAGAAGCUGGAACAGAGGAUCCAGUUGAUAUACAUGCGUUUUUGGGUCCUUACUAUUGGAUCAUGCUGUGCAUUAGGUUGAACGAACUGGUGGUCUUCUUUGUAGCAUUAAAUCGUUGAGCUAUUCUUUUAUUGGAUUGCUCCUAACAUAAGAAAUUCUUUCAUGAAUAUUCUUUAACGGAGUUGAUGGAGGUAAUAGAUGUUUACUGCUAUAGUAAUAUAUUACUAUAUGGUGCAUUAUUGUCUCUUUUUAGUAAUAAAGCAGUUUGGAAGUAAACAAGCUUUUGUGCA